AGAGAGAGAGAGAGAGAGCUCUCGUGCUCCAUAGCCAGGGCCCAGGGGGGGGCACACACUCACGUUGCUCUUUGUUGGGCUGUGUGGUGCUGGGGAGAAGCAGGCAGCGAUGGUGGUGCAAGGAGGGGGCAAGGGCGCAAAGGGGCUGCUGGGCAACAGACCCUCGGCGGUGUCCACAGCUGCGGACAAGGACAAGAAGAAGCCCUUGUCCAAAUCGUCUCGAGCUGGGCUACAGUUCCCAGUGGGUCGGAUCCACCGCUUGCUCAAGUCCCGCGUCACUGCCAACGGAAGGGUGGGAGGCACCGCGGCCGUCUACUCGGCGGCGAUCCUCGAGUAUCUCACCGCCGAGGUGCUGGAGCUGGCGGGGAAUGCGAGCAAAGAUCUCAAGGUGAAGCGCAUCACUCCGCGGCACUUGCAGCUGGCUAUUAGAGGGGAUGAGGAGCUCGACACCUUGAUCAAAGGGACCAUCGCCGGCGGCGGCGUCAUCCCCCACAUUCACAAAUCGCUCAUCAACAAGCAGGCCAAGAAGGACUAGACAAUGUAUCUCGUGUUUUCCAAGCUGUAGCUAAACUCGUUUGCCUCCUUUCUUUGCCUUUGCUGUUCUACACAUGAUAUAUGACAGGGAAGGAAAUUUAUUCU